AUGCCCCAGUGGACAGGGUUCUAUAAGUCGAAUGGCAACAACAACAACAAUAACAGUGCUGACACCAAAACAGCGCUUGUUGCGCCCUCACCUCAACUCAAAAAGCUGUCAGCAGUGAAAUCCUCGGCCUCUCUUGCCAAUGGACGUUCCUCGCCAUCGUUACGAUCACUUUCUCGACUCUCGCUUCGUUCCUCGCCUGGGGUGGACCAUGAAAGCGCCGAGGAUGCCGCCAUGAUGAAUGACAUUUCCCAAGUUCGCAAAGCUCUCGAUUGCUUCUUCGACUCUCGAAUCAGCGAUGCUGAAGCCAUUCUUGCACCUCGUCGCAAAAAGAGCAUGUACUACUCGCUCGGUUACGGCUUUAUCUUAUUCCUCAAGUGUGUCAUGACAUUUGAACAAGCGGAUAUCGAACGGACACUGGAAGCUCUCAAGCAAACUAUUCAACUUGCUCAUGCACAACGAAAAAAGGAUGCUGGUUGGCUUGACAACAUCACCACAUGGAUGAAAGGCACCAAUGUACAGCAACUAAAGACCAUGACACGAGUACAUCGACAUGCUGAGCUUGUCCAUGCCGAAGCUUAUUUGCUCAAGGCACUUUUGAGCAUUAUUCAUGAUGAGAGCAUUGUGUCAUUUCUCAGAGAAGGUCUCAACAUCCGCAGCAGUUACAACACAUAUCGCACAUUGGAAAGAUACAUCGACAUGGUACAAGAUGAGGCUGCUGCCGGCAAGGACAUCUCAAGCUAUCAGCUGGAUGAUCAUUUUACUUCUGGUGUAGCACUCGGCAUUGGCUGUUUCAACAUUAUCCUAUCCUUGCUUCCCACCACUGUUGUCAAGGUGGCAGAGUUUAUGGGCUUCUCAAGUGAUCGUGAGCAUGGUUUACAAGUGCUUGAAUCCAUUGGUGCCUGGGAAGAUUACCGUGGCAACGACAAACGACCUAUCGCUGACCAUUCCUUGAUGAAGGAUGAGGGGCUGCGCAGACAAUUGUGUGACAUGGUGCUCAUUUGUUACCAUAUCGUCCUUUCCAAAAUGAUACCCUUGCCCAAUAUCGACCAAGACUUUGCUACCAAGAUUCUCGAUUACAACUUGGCCCUUUAUCCUUCCGGUGUCUUUUUCCUUUAUUUUUCAGGCCGUGCACUCGCCAGCAAAAGUGAAUUAUCAAAGGCAAAAGGUCAAUAUGAAAAGGCUAUCAAUACACAGCAGGAUUGGAAGCAAUUGCAACACAUUUGCUAUUGGGAGCUGGGUAUCAUCAGUAUUAUUCAAAAGGAUUGGCAACGAUCAUAUGACAUUUACGAUGAGCUUGCUCGAGAAAGCAAUUGGUCCAAGGCCGUUUACACCUAUCUGAAAGCUAUGGCAUUGUACAUGAUAGCUCAAAAGAAGGCUGGCGAGGAACAAAAGAAGAUGAUCAAACAAGCACAUGAGAUCAUGAAAGAAGUCAAUGGCUCUAAGCAAAAGAUUGCUGGAAAAUCAAUUCCCAUGGAGAAAUUCAUCUCGAGAAAGUCUCGCAAGUUCAUCGAGCAAGAUAACUACUUGAUUAUGCCUGAUUUGGAGAUCUUGAACGCGUUCACAGCAUACGAUUUCAUGCCAGCAGAUGUAUUGCAGCAAAACUUUGAUUUGAUCAACAAAGAGUUGGAUGCGCUCAAAGACGACACCAAGCGAAAGCAUUAUUACGAUGAUCUCGCCCUUGUACAUUAUCUCCGCGCUCAGGUAGCGCGUCUUUUGCUUACCAAACACAAUGGUGACAAGAAGACUCUGACAGCUUUGCAUCAUACCUCCGUCGAUGUCGUCCUUGAAAACGCCAACAAAAUCGAGCUUGAUCAUUACAUUUACUAUUUCACGCGAUAUGAGAAGGCACGCAUGUACAUUGAAGAGAAGGAUUUUGAAUCAGCCGAGAAAGAGAUCCAAAUCAUCGUGCGUUCUGCUGAAAAGGGACAAUACAAUGUGGGUGCUGGUCCUCACGCCAAGAACAAGUACAGUCUCGAGAAUGCCUUGGUAUUCAAAUGCCAUAAUUGUGAAGAGCAAAUCCAAUCACUCAAGAAAGCAUCAUUGACCUCAUCCAAAGAAGACGACGACGAUAUCGAUUAG